AUGGCGUUGCUCCGCUCCGCCGCGCGCUUCAAGCACUGCUGGUCUCCAGGUGACAAGCAGUACGUCGGCUGCUGGGAGGUGGUGCCCCGAGUCUAUGGCAAAGCUUUGGGCCCUGUCUCCUAUGCUGACCGCCAGCCGGUGCCAAAGGACUGGGUCCUGCGUGGCAGUGGCAUUCAUGGCCCAGAGAACGGCGAGGUGAUGAAGCUGGUGCUGUGGAACCGCCUGAAGCAGAAGAGGCCGCAGCGCCAGGGCGUGGACGUGGCGGAGCUGAAGGAGUUCUUCCGCCUGGAGGUGGCUGUGAUUUGGUGGAUGUUUGGCCUCGUCUUCUUCGUGGCGCCCCUGAACUGGUGGGGCAAGAAGUACCGCCACUUGGACCACGUUCCGGGCCAAUCCGCAGGGAACCCGCAGCAAGAGCGGAGGUUUGUGAAAAGCAUGAUUCCUGGAACAGACCGGCUCGAACCGCUCACUCGUGAAGGUGAUUUACUUACGGGGUUCCGAACCUUUCGUUGUGGGCAAUGGAAAUUUGGCCGGAGGCUCGAUGGGGCCAAGUGCUGGAGCUGGCCGUUUUGGUCGGAAUAUCCAGCUAGUCUUGGCGCCGACUUUGCAGAAUUGCAGAGGUUUGCCUCACAGGCCAAAGUGCAAAGCAUAAUUUAUGUAUCAUGA